AUUGAUCCACUUUGUCAUGCAAGGACAUUGAAUGAUAGGCUCUGUGGUAUCUGUGACCAGCCAGCCACCAUGAAUCUCCUCCACAAAAAUAUGCAUUUCCACGAGUACAUUAUUUUUAUACUUUUUAACUGGCCGAGAGGGCAUUUCCUACUAAAUUCUUUUUCCAACUAAAUUUUUAAGCUUAUAUAAGUCAAUAACCAUUGUGUGUAUCACAGAACGUUGUCUGAAAGCAAAGAAAUAGAACCUAAUAGAUAGUCAAAGCUAUGGAUUCUCAACACAAACACCAAUUGAAUGUCACUUUUCUUCCAUAUCCAACUCCUGGCCAUAUGAACCCCAUGAUUGACACAGCAAGGUUAUUUGCCAGACAUGGUGUUAAUGUCACCAUUAUAGCAACCCCGGCUAAUGCUUUAACUUUCCAAAAUGCCAUUGACAGUGACUUCAGCCAUGGAUACCAUAUCAGAACCCAUCUCCUUGCAUUCCCUGCAGCUCAAGUAGGUCUUCCUCAAGGGGUUGAAAACCUGAAAGAUGGCACUUCCCUUGAACUACUGGGCCGAAUCAAUCAUGGAUUAUCAAUGCUCAAGGGUGAUAUUGAGCUUCUGUUUCAAGAUCUGCAUCCAGAUUGCAUAGUGACUGAUAUGUGUUAUCCUUGGACUGUGGAAUCCGCAUCAGAACUGGGUAUUCCAAGAAUCUUCUUUUACAGCUCAAGCUACCUAUCCGACUGUGCUAAUCAUUCUGUCAUGCAGCACAGGCCUCAUGAGAGGUUAGUGUCAGAUACCGAGAAGUUUUCAAUUCCUGGUUUUCCUCAUAGAAUAGAGAUGACCCUUCUACAGCUAGAAUACUGGCAAAAGGUUCGUGAAGAAGUCUCGCACUAUUAUGAGCGAAUGUUUGCAUCAGAGAGGAGAAGCUAUGGAGCAAUCUAUAAUAGUUUUCAUGAACUUGAAAGCGAGUAUGAGCAACUUCAUAAGAGUAUAGUGGGGAUCAAAUCUUGGAGUAUUGGACCAGUUUCAGCCUGGGUUAACAAGGAUGAUGGACAAAAGAUCAAUAGGGAACACAAGGAGGACCUUCCAGAAGAGCCAGAGUGGCUAACUUGGCUUAACAAUGAGCAGAAUGACUCUGUAAUUUAUGUGAAUUUUGGAAGCCUCACUAGGCUCCAUCAUGCUCAACUUGUAGAACUGGCUUACGGGCUUGAAAAUUCUUGUCAUAGUUUCAUCUGGGUCAUCAGGAGAAAGGAUGAAAAUGAGAAUGAAGACAGUUUCCUGCAAGAGUUUGAGGAUAAGAUGAAAGAAAGCAAGAAGGGUUUUAUCAUAUGGAACUGGGCACCACAGCUGCUGAUAUUGAAUCACCCUGCCAUAGGAGGCAUUGUGUCUCACUGUGGUUGGAACUCCCUUCUUGAAAGCUUGAGUGCUGGAUUGCCAGUCAUCACAUGGCCUAUGUUUGCAGAACAAUUUUACAAUGAGAGGUUGGUAGUUGAUGUGCUGAAGGUUGGAGUUUCAGUGGGAGCCAAGGAAAACAAGUUUUGGGCAUUUGGUGACAAUGAUAAUGUGGUGGAAAGGGUAGAGAUUACCAAGGCUGUCUUAGAGUUGAUGGAGACAGAAGAGGGCAAACAAAUGAGAAGGAGAGCAAUAAAAUUGGGUGAUGCUUCGAAGAAGACUAUAGAAAAGGAUGGACACUCUUACAACAACUUGAUUCAAUUGAUAGAUGAGCUUAAAUCUUUGAAGAUAUCUAAAGCACUUGCAGAAGCAAGUUAGAUAACUGAAAUGGAGCAGCAAUGAAAUGGCUCUAGGAGCUGGAUCUCAUUAUUUUCUGAAGCCUUUUAACAAGAUGAAUAAAUCUCUUACAACGGUUAGGUUUCUUGUCGUUGGCUAAUAACUCAAGGGAAAAUGAUAUUUUAACAACAUUUUUUGAUAACUUUUUUGACAACCGGACACAUGUCACGAUUUCAUUCGUGUGUUUGAAUUUAUUUUAAAAGAAUAUUUGAAACGAAUCAAUCAUAAGUUGCCACGUAUGUGUUGUCAAAAAGUUGUCAUAAAAAGAGUUGUUAAAGAGACUUUUUCCAAACUUAAGUGUUGUGUUUUUCCCAUUGGUUAGGUUUCUUGUAGUUGGCUAAUUAUUUAAGUGUUAUCUUUUUCCCAUUAAUUGCCGUUUGCAUAUUUUAAUGAUUUUUGCUAUGGAAAUUGUGACGAAGUGAGA